CAUGUGCCUAAUCAUGUGACUGAAUUUUUGAUUUAUUUCUUUGACCAUUUUAAAAUUUUUCAGAACUAAUCAAAAGAGUGUCAAUGCAAAUCAAAGUGAUUUAUUACUUGAAUAGAGGAUAAACAAUGAUUGUGGGUCUCAGUAGAACUGUGGGUUCAAGAAAUCUUCUUGCAAAUUCAUCCAGAAUAUUGUCAACACCUAGCAUCAUAUAUAGAGGAUAUGCCAAUACCAAUACACCAGCCACCCCACCAAGAAAGAAGAGAAGUGCAACACCUCAAGUUGAUAUUGCUAAGAUUCCAAUUAAUGAAUUGACAGUGUUAUCGAAUUAUUAUAUACCUCCACCAUUUACGAAAUGUCCUAUAAGUUCAUGGCCCAAAUUAGCUAUCAGAAGAAUGGGAGCUAUUGCCGGUAUAACUUAUAGUGUGUUUAAAUUCAGAACUGAGUUAAAGAAAAAGAUUCAAUUCAAUCUUUGGAAAGAUAUUGCUAUUGAACAAUAUGUUAAAACCAAUAAGGUAUUCACUGCUGCCUGUAAUAAACGUGCAGUCGAACGUGAUUUGUAUUUAAUGAAUCAAUUAAAGAAUGUAGCUGUUAAAGAGGUCAUUAAUGGUUUAAUGGAAAGAGCUGAAACCUUUCCUAUGAAUGCAAAGAUUUCUUGGGAAUUGGUUUCUAUUGUGGGUAAUCCUAAAAUCGUGGCAUUUAUCGCUAUACCAGAUAUCAAUGAAAUCACAACUUAUGUUCAAUUCGUGAUGAAAUUAACUACCAACCAAAAAUAUGAAGUUACUGUCGAUGGUAAAGUCACCAAUGAUGAAAAAGUAGUUACUGAUUAUCUUGCAUUCACUUUAAAUCCAUUCACUGAAGAAUUAUUAUUAACUGGUAAAUUAUUUGAAUCCGAUCAUAUUAGAGGUGUUAUGGAUGAUACUGUUUUAGCUGGUAAUAUAUCACUUUUCAAAGCUUUCUCCAAGAGUGUGUCUGAUAUUUAUAGAUCUGAUCCAAAUCUUAAAAAGUAAAUGAGUUAAGUACUCUCAUCCCAUGUAUAUAUAAAUUAGUUUAAUGACUUUUUGUAA